AAGGACACAGAGGAGGCUCGACAACUCAGCUGACUCAAACAGGCUGACUUUUUACAAGUUGCGGCUCGUUAAUCAGCUCAGGAUAAGCGGACAGGAAGAGAGAACACAAGGUUGAGUUAAUUUAAUCUCACUCAUCAUAAGAAAAUCUCCUCAGGUCGAACGUCAAAGAAACAUCAUGUCAAAAGACAUAGACAGAAAUCAGGUGUUGCAAAACAUCAGGGUGCGAAACGCAGCCAAGAACGACAGCUGGUGGAUCCGCAGUUCUAACAAUGACAAGAAAGUUUCUGAAGCGAAACAGGAACCUGCUCCAGGGACAUCAUUCAUCCAGUUAAGGAUCGACAAAUUCCAGCAUCCAGCUAAUCAGACAAACAAUGAAGCUGAUACUAUUAAACCUGAUGAUUCAAUUGAGGAAGCAAGAAAAAAUACCACGACAAAUACAAAAUGCCAAUCACCACCCAAACAGGCAGAAGAGCAACUGCCAGUCACAAACACAAACAAUGAAAAGAAGGAGGUGGAUUUAAACGCACCAGCUGGCGAGUCCAAUGUGGAGCAGAACGGGGGAGAUGUUAAGGUCUCUGCAGAUGUAAAUAAUGAAGAACAAAUCCAACCAGUUUCUUCAGCAAAUAGUAACGUUGAUGCAGCAGAACUACCACCCGCCCAUAAAAUUGCAGAAGUCGAAGAACAAAACCCUGACACUGAUCCUACAAAUGUAGAUUAUCAGGUUUCCAGUGAUCUUCAGGUGAAAUCAGGUACCACAGGCUCUGCAGAGAUUUCUGCGCCACCUCCAGAAGCGUUGAUCAAAACAGACACAGGUAGUUUGGAGGAUGGAGGGGAGACAGCAUCCACGCAAAUUACAGAGGAAAGUCGAGAGAAAUCCCUGCCAACUGCAGAAGAAUUUGUUCCCGCUGCCUCUCCAUUUAUUGUGAAGGAGAACACUGUUACGCCAGAUGAAGACAUUCCUCCUCAAGUCAGCGUGGAACCUGACCUGCAGUUUGAAUCUGUAAGCAAGUCACCUGCUCAGCCUGGAAAUGAAACACCUGCAGAGGCCAGUUGUGAAAAACAUCCCCCAGAGCAAGUUGACAAUGAGACUGUUGAAGCUGAGGUUGAGGCGGAGGUGGAAACCCCCGACGUGGAUAAUGCAACACCCCGUGAGGAAGCUCCUUCACUUAACAGUGUGCAACAAGUCGCCUGUACUCUACCUGAAUCACACGAUGAAAUCCAGGCAGUUGACAAUGUUGUUGUUGAACAGAGUGUUGAGCCUUCAUUUGGAGAUGAAGUAGAUUCCAUGGAUUUGAACAUUGAAGAUGGUCUUAAACCCAUGCAGUCUGCAGAUCCUGGCGCUGUUCAGGAUAGUACAGAUUACAGCCUCAUUAAUCUGACAGAUGCCCUGCAUGUGGAGGCACCCCAAAAAGAAUCUGUUCCUAAAACUGAAGCUCGAGAACAGCCUCUUCAGGAGGAACCUAUUCCCCGGCCUGACGAUGCUAGAGAUUAUGGAGGCCUUCAGAAACCUGCAGAAGUACUAAAUUCAACCCCAAUGUCUAAAAUAUCCAGUGAUGGAACCCCUUUUUGCACUUACUGCAACAAAAUAAUCGAUGGGAAUGUGAAGAUCACUUUGAGCGAACCACCCAUAGUGUGCCAUGAAGAAUGCCUCAAGUGUGGAGUUUGUGCUAAGGCCCUGGGAGAAAUGGUGAUCACCAUGUUCUUGCUUGGCAAAGUGAUCCACUGCGAAGACUGCUAUGAAAAAGCGUUUCACUCUUGAAUUCUGCUGGCGAAAAAUACUUCCUGUCACCAAGCUUACAGUCAAUAAUGUGCUUUCAGAGAAUCUCCAUGGUUUGGCCCUUGAUCUGUACACUGUUUUACUGAAUGUUUUCUUUCAUUGGGAAGGAGGACAUGGUGUGAUGUGAUGUUUAAAAAUCGUGUAAUGAAAAGAAAAAAAAUUACACAGUGCUAAUUAUCACAGAUGUUUGAAUGAAAUGCUCCAAAAUUAGCAUAACUUAUUUUAAUGCCAUGUACAGGAUGUGAUUAAAAUAAAAUUACAAUCAAAUCCCUUA